AUGGACGCCAAUCGUCUUCAAACUCUUUUCUCCGAGUAUGAAAGAGUCAUCAGCGAACAAACUGAGCCACGUCGACGCAGCGUUUCGGCACAUCAAGAGAACAGAAAUCUUGAGCCUCAUUGCCCAAAGUCCCAGCAUCAGGCGCUUUCCGAAGCGAUCACAAACUGUGAACAGUCCGGGGUAACCCAACCACGCCGAAGCCAGCGGAAGAGGAAGGUUGCGCCACGCCCUGCUACCACUGCUUCAAACCGUUUCCAGAAGAAGCGCAUUGCGACUUGUAGCAGUCAGGAAUACGAGUUCUUACGUUUGGGGGAGGUACGAAAGGCAUGGAACGGAUCCAUCGAAUAUAAGGUCAUUUGGAAGCCAACCUGGGCAUAUAUUGACGAUCUCCGGGGCAAACGGGCAUUGGAAGAGGCCGAAGAGCUCAUUGUGGAUGAGUUCGGUCAGGUAGCGUGGGAAAAGGAGAUGGCAAGAUCUGGUCAUUUCGACCUGGAUACCGAGUCGGAGUAG